AGUCAACGAAGCCUUUAUCAUUAUGUGAUUUUGUUUUGUUUGGUUUUUUUUGGUGUUGUAGUUGUUGUUUUUGGUGUUGUUGUUGUUGUUGUUUUUGUUGUUGUUGUUUUUGGUGUUGUUGUUUGUUGUUUUUGUUUUGAAUUCAUUUCUAAAGUUUGUUGCACCCUUGCAUUUGCAACUUGUGUUCUGCAGCAGGUUUUCAAGUUUUCUUUCUAAGAUUUCUUGUGUUUAGUCGUAAAAAAGAGAGUAAAUAAACAGAAUGGCUUGAGAAAUAGAAAUACCAAGUUUUAGUUGGAGUUUAAAAUGCAGAAUAGCGAAGUAUGUGAAUUGAAAAACAGAGACGACUAUCACGAGUCUUGUUGUCGAUUGCAAGCAGCAUGGAAAGGUUACAGACUUCGGAAAGUUAUGCUAGAAACGAGAAAUGAAUAUCUUACUAUCUUUAAAGAAAUUGAAUCUGAGUUUAAGCUGAUGUCAGCAAGUAUCAAAAGUGGAGAUCCAGAUCCUGUUUUUAUCAUAAGAUCUGGUCAUGAAAGUGUAUCUGUUUUGAAAUUUUGUUGUCUUGGUGAAAAUAAAGAAGAAGUACUGAUCUCAGGAACACAGCACGGGUUGGUUCAAGUAUGGGAUUUAACAACUAAACGAGUCAAAUUCAAAUUUCAAGUCAACAGUGGCCUCCUGAAUCUUGAUGUGAUUCUUCUCAAUCAAAUUGAUUAUAUUGUGAGUCAUGAGCGCAAAGGGAAAGUCGUUUUUUGGCAAGUUUCAAACAAUGAAGUCGUGAUGAAAAAAUCGACGAACGUGCACCAUGUUGGAUUUUGUCCCCUUCACAUAUUCAAACAACGCGAUGAUUACUGGAUGGUAUAUCCAUCAUCUGAACAAUCUGAGUUUUCGGUUACAAAAGCUAACUUGGAUAGCACUGAUCAAGACGUUUAUAUUUUGACGCCAGAAGAAAAUUUAGGAAUGGUGAUGCACGUUAAGUUGUGUUCCAAACAAAACACUCUGUUCGCUGUAGCUGGUUAUGAAGACGGAAGUGUCUACGUAUGGAAUGUGUUUACUUCCAGUUGCCAUGGUAAAAGAAUACACACUGACCCAGUGAUGUGUCUAACAGUGGAUUGUGUUGGAGAGAAAAUCUUAACUGGUUCUGCUGAUAAUAAACUCGUUGUUUCCAAAAUAAACAAUGAUGUACAAUUUGAAGAACAUGCGACAGACGAAACAAAGACGUCGGGAUAUUCUUCGUGUGACGUCAGAAACGAUGGGCGUAUAGUAGCGUGUGGUGGCUGGGAUGGAAAAAUUCGCAUAUUUGGUUGGAAAAAAUUAAAACGGUUAGCCAUCUUGAAAUAUCACUCGGAGAGCGUUAACUGUUUGCACUUUGGUGCGAAUCGCUUGUUAGCUGCUGGAAGCAAGGAUGGAAAAAUCACAUUGUGGGAUGUGUACAAAUAAAUCGGUUAACAACGCUUUAAAUCGUCAGAUUUGUUGAAUUGGGCAGAGAUCCCAAUAAUAAAACCUAGUACAGUCUGAAUCUAGUAAAGUAAUUAAAGAUGUAAUGUUACUUCCCAAAGCACAAAAGCUGUUGCGAAAGCCACUCACAUAAACUUGAUCAACAGUGAAUGUAAAAAAUAGUCAUUUUUGUAGAAUAUAUUUUUCAAUUAAAAACUUU